AUGGUCAUCUUCUUCCUCGCCUGGUUUCGGCUCUACGUUCCCUCCCUGACCUCGGAAACGUGCCUGAGUCGUCCCGGGAGCCCCGCGCGGCGAGCGCGACCCCCUUUCCGGGCGGCAGCGGGCCCGGACGGACGGACGGACGGACGGACGGGUUUUCCAAGGCUCCCCCGCCCCGGGAGGACGGGGGUUCGCGCGGUGCGCGGCCGUGUGCUCCCGGGGCCCUCCGCCGUCCCCGGGCCGAGAGGCGAGAUCCGAGGCGCCCUGACGGCCUCGCCGCCCGGAUCUGUCCCGCUGUCGUUCGCGCCGGUUGUCGGGUGCCACCUGGCGGCCGCUUUUAUAGAGCGUGUCCCCUCCGGAGGCUCGGCGGCGACAGGCAAGGAACAGCUUUGGUGUCGGUUUCCCGGGGCCGAGUUCCAGGAGGAGGGCGGCUCCGGCGCGAGCGUCCGGCUGUCGCCGGGGCCUCGGCGCGCGAUGCGCUCGCCGGAGAUUGGACCUCCGGAGCUGCGAGGGAGUGUCGCCGUCGCCGCUGUCGCCGCUGUCGCCUCCGCCUCGCUCCCGGAGGAGGCCGUGCGGGCCGCCUGGGUGGGUCGACCAGCACCCGCCGGUGGCUCCUCCUCCGCCCGCGCGGACCGACCUGGGCCGCCUCGGGGGCGGGGGACAGGGUGUGUCCCGCCGUCCGUCCUGUGGCUCCGGGCGAUCUUCGGGCCUUCCUUCCGUGUCACUCGGUUGUCUCCCGUGGUCACGCCCUGGCGACGGGGACCGGUCUGAGCCUGGAGGGGAAGCCCGUGGGUGGCGCGACAGACCCGGCUGCGGGCACGUGUGGGGGUCCCGGGCGUCGGACGCGAUUUUCUCCCCUUGUUCCGAGGCCCGCUGCGGAGAGACGGAGAGACGGAGAAGCAGGUUCCAUCCAGAGCGCCUGACCUGGGACUCUGAGCCCGCGUCUCCAGAACCACGCCCUGGGCUGAAGGCGGAGCUCGACCCCCGAGCGGCCGGGCCGUUGCCCCGAGUUUGUCUUUGUUUGUAUGUAUGUGCAUUUAUGUAUGUAUGUAUGUACGUACGUACUUACUUGCUUACUUACUAUUUAUUCAUUUUCUUUUCU